AUGGUUCCUCUGGAGCCUUCUGCGAAUCUCGUAUCCCACGGAUCCAACGUCGCGAGCGACAGAAUGCAGGAAGAACAAGAGCAACAGAAAAUGGAGAAAGUGGAGAUCGUCUUUUGGUUGUUCUUUGCUCUAGGCCUCUCGCAAAUGCUGGGAUCCUCCUCCAAGAACGAGGCGGAUGUUCUUCUCGAGUUCAAGAAGGGUAUAAACGACACACAAGGCACUCUUCUUGACUGGAACCCGGGCAAUGUUGCCAACAUGUGUGUUUGGGCAGGAAUCUCAUGCGAUUCUUCCACCAGCGUCGUCUCGAUCAGGCUUACAUCUCUCCUCUUGCAGGGAAGUAUAUCGCCCUCGACACAGCUCAGAGAGCUCAACUUGUCACGUAACUAUUACAUGUCCGGUGAGAUUCCCAGCGAGAUCACAAACUGUUCUCUCCUUGAGGUGUUAGAUCUCUCCUACAAUCUCUUCCAGGGCCGGAUUCCAGGCUUCUUGGGACGGCUUCAACGUCUACGCCAUCCUUCCCUGGAACUAUUACAACCAGGAGAUUCCUCGAGCCUGGCAAAUUGCUCGUCUCUCAAAGUCAUUGAUCUCUCGAGAAACCAGCUUGGUGACCGCAUUCCGGAGUCCCUGGGUCAGCUUUCCAGGCUGCAAAAUCUCUCUCUGGCUGAAAAUUCCUACAUGCAGGCCUCGUCCAGCUCCACCUCGCGAUUCCUGGGCCGAAGAACCCUGCGGCGCAUCCCCGGAUACUUGUUGCCGCCGCUGCUUCCCGAGGAUCUGUGGAACACUGCCUCAGAAGCUUGA